UGUCAAAACACAGACGUUUUAUUGUUGGGCCCAGAAACGAAACUAAACGGGACGACGAAAGAGAGCGAGCGAGAGCGUGUGUAGCAAAGAAACAAAAAAAGAUUGUUGUCCUAAGUCCUUCGAUUCCGUGGGGUGUCGUUAUUACCUAUUGUUUUCUCGGUGCAUCACACCACUCGCUCAAGCAAUCGGCCCCAAACAUCGUUCCUCCUGUUUCGGUCGCAUUCCGGACGGCCGCUGAACGCCCAUCACUCGCAGGGUGGACCAGCCCAGAUAAAGGAACAGUGUCGUUGUAGUUUAGAGUUCGAAGCAAAACAUUGUUCGGGUUUGGAACGUGCAAUUUCGCUGGUGCUGUUGCAGCAGCAGCUGUUGCUGGGUUUGUUGCCAUCCCAGCAGUUCGAGCGACCCACUCAAUAGGGCUUGGCAAGACACUCGGUCGCAGUCGCCUAGCUGGCACCAAAUCAUCCGGAGUCCCUACUGUACUGCGUUGCCGUGCUUGAUUCCGUUCGUGUGCGAGCUUGUUUGUGUGUGUGUGUGUGUGUGUAGUGUAUACGAAAUACGCGAGAUUUCCUUUGCACCCUUCUCCACCUGCCGGAGGAUCCGCAUAGGGUGCACAGUACGAGGGGAGCAGGAAUCCGUGUUAUCCGUGAGUUUGUCGGUGCGGAGCAAGGCGGAAAAGUGUUCGGUUACGCGUACGCAUCCGGUAUCCGCUACGGAGCAGGCCAGGUGGAAAAUGCUGGCAGAAUGUCGCAUCCAACCCCGAUACUGAGUUCGGCCAUCUCCCGCCGCAAUCCGGAGGACGAGUACGAGCUGAUCCACAAGAUCGGUUCCGGGACGUACGGCGAUGUGUACAAGGCCAAGAAGCUGCAGUCGAACGAUCUCGCGGCGAUCAAAGUCAUCAAGCUCGAGCAGGGCGAUGACAUACAGAUCAUCCAGCAGGAGAUACUGAUGAUGCGCGACUGCCGGCACUCGAACAUCAUCUCGUACUAUGGCUCGUACAUGCGCCACGACAAGCUCUGGAUCUGCAUGGAGUACUGCGGCGGGGGAAGCCUGCAGGACAUCUACCAGGUGACCGGUCCGCUGACCGAGCUGCAGAUCGCGUACAUGUGCCGGGAAACGCUCCGCGGUCUGUCCUAUCUGCACUCGAUGGGCAAGAUUCACCGUGACAUCAAGGGCGCCAAUAUUCUGCUCACCGAGCGGGGCGACGUGAAGUUGGCCGAUUUCGGUGUGAGCGCCCAGAUCACGGCCACCAUUAACAAGCGUCGGAGUUUCAUCGGUACACCGUACUGGAUGGCACCGGAAGUGGCAGCCGUCGAGCGGAAAGGGGGCUACAAUCAUCUGUGCGAUAUAUGGGCCUGCGGUAUCACAGCCAUCGAGCUGGCCGAACUGCAGCCACCGAUGUUUGACCUGCAUCCGAUGCGCGCACUGUUCCUGAUGUCCAAGAGCGGUUUCAAGCCACCGACGCUGAAGGAGAAGGACCGUUGGAGUACCAAUUUUCAUUCCUUCCUAAAGGUGGCGCUCACGAAAAAUCCCAAAAAGCGACCGACGGCCGAACGGUUGCUGCAGCACGCCUUUUUCCAGUCGGACAUGUCCAUCCGGUUGCCGCAGGAGUUGCUGCAAAAGUAUCAAAGCCCGCACGCAAGCUACUACUAUACCGAUACGGAGGAGGAAGGAGCAAUCGCCAAUGGACCACAGCGCAUUACGAGUCGAAUGCAUUCCUCUAACUCUGUUUACCAUUGCAAACCGUUGGAAAGCGAGCGUUCAUCUAGUCCAGAAACACUACCGAGUGAUAUGAGUCUAUUGCAUUAUAUAGACGAGGAGUUGAAGAUAAGGCGUACGCUACCCCUGCACGAUAACUCACUGUUGGCGUGUGCGAACGAUGACCUGCCCACCGGCAGCAGUAACGGGCAGCAGCAUCGCACAGGAAAUGGGUCCGGUGGGGCGGUCGGCGCUGGCAAUCACCAUCGCCAUCACCACCGCCAGCAUCAUCCGCUCGACGAUGAGGACAGCCCGAUGGCGCCGGACAGCAGCUACAGCCUGACGGCUGACGGUGGCCUAUCGGCGGGUUCCGGGUAUGACAAUAAUGGGCGCGACGAUUCGACGCUGAGCUACGAUGCGAUGGAUCAGCUGACCGCCAAGCUGGAGCAGCUGAACGCGCAAAACGGAGCUACGGCCAUGAACGAAUCGCAGGACCAUGGGAACAGUGGUAGUGGUGGCAGCAAGCGCCAUUCAAUGGAUCAGCUGAAUGAACUGUUCAAGGGCAUCGACAAGUCUUCCAGGCAGCGUAGUUUAAGUGACGGCGAUGGGAACAACGAAGGAGCGCCCGAAUCGCAACCGGAUCUGUUGAACAAUACGCCACCCAUUCCCCCGAAGCGACACCAUCGCAGCCGCCGGCAUACGCCACCGCGUCCCGUCUCCAACGGGCUACCGCCCACACCGAAGGUGCACAUGGGCGCCUGCUUCUCGAAGGUGUUUAACGACUGUCCGCUGCACAUCCACUGCACCGCGUCCUGGAUACAUCCGGAAACGCGCGAUCAGCAUCUGCUGAUCGGGGCGGAGGAAGGCAUCUUCAACCUCAACCUGAACGAGCUGCACGACGCAGCGAUCGAGCAGCUGUACCCGCGCCGCACCGUUUGGCUGUACGUGAUCAAGGACAUCCUGAUGUCGCUGUCCGGCAAGACGACCCAGCUGUACCGGCACGACCUGCUCGCGCUACAUUCCAAGCAGACGCACCGCUUUUCCAUGCACAUGAAAAAAAUCCCCGAAAAGCUGGUGCCGCGCAAGUUUGCGCUCACGACGAAGGUGCCGGACACGAAGGGCUGCACGCAGUGUUGCGUGACGCGCAAUCCGUACAAUGGGUACAAGUAUCUGUGCGGUUCGAUGGCGAGCGGGAUCUUUCUGAUGCAAUGGUACGACCCGCUGAACAAGUUUAUGCUGCUGAAGCAGUGCGAAUGGCCAUCCGGCAAUAUCCAGUACUACGGCGCAAACUCGAACGUGUUCGAAAUGAUCAUCACGCCCGAGCUGGAAUAUCCGAUCGUGUGUGUGAACGUGCGGAAGGGCCCGAACGAGUCGCUGAAGCUCGAUUUGAUCAAUACCAACAGCACUCCCAGCUGGUUUAAUACCACCGUCGAAGAGAUGGACGGUAUGGCAACGGUCAUCAAUCGUCGGGAUACGCUUCGACCAAUAAAAGUGCAUCAGAUUGAGAAGGAUGCGAUACUGGUGUGUUACGAUCGGUUCGUACAAAUCGUCGACAUUCAGGGUUUCCCGAAGCAGAGCCGCAAGCUCAUAUCGCGCGUGGAAUUUAGUUUUGUAAUCGAAAGCAUAGUCUGUUUAACUGAUAGUGUGUUAGCGUUUCACAAGUACGGUAUGCAGGGUCGCUCGCUGAGGAACGGCGAAAUAACGCAGGAAAUUACCGACACGAGCCGCAUCUACGAGCUUAUCGGCAGCGACAACAAAGUGGUAAUGCUGCAAAGCCGCACGAUCCGUGCGGACAGUGGCGAAGGGACGAGUGAUGUUGGGCACGAUCUGUACAUAUUGGCGGGCCACGAAGCAAGCUACUAGAAGCAAUGCAAACCACCCAGAUACAGGAUGGAACGGACAGCCCCUACCCCUUGGUGUAUUGCGGGGUGGUGCGUUCGGAAGGCCGUGCCAGCUACGUGAUUGUUGGGUUUUUUUUUUCGCAUGGAGAUGAUUUGAUGCUUCAUGCUAGCAGGUAAGAUUGCAAGAAUUGCAGGAAUACAGCGCAACAGCGCAAAAUGGGACGGGUGACGUGUAGGCCCAAAAACAAAAGAAGUAUUAAUCCUAUUUUUAGUGCGCAUUUGAUCGCGUUAUAUUUCACGAAACUGACCACACAUGAAGGAGAUGCAAACAUCAAUCUAUCAGGCACACUCUGUCGAUCAGGGGGGUUUAAAAAAAGGCGAAUGAUUGCUCCGUUUGUUGAAAUGUAUUAUUUUGAUUCGACUGAAAUUCGAACUCGAGAAGGGUGGCAACAUUGAAUUUAAUUCAAACACACACACACAUACAUUUUUUUUUGCGUAUGGGGCUGCUAGCGAACCGUAAGCAGUACCUGAAGAGUGAAUUACAGGUUGCCUAAAACGGCAGUGUUACACGAGUGUGGUGGCAUCGCACAAGGACACAUUCAAAAACCCUCAAGAAGCAAUCUUGCGUGGGCAGCAGAUAGGGCCUCCUGCCCCGCGAAGUGCAUGGGAGAGUAUAUUUUUAUAUAUAUUUAUAUAACAAAACAAAAAUCCCCAACCACUUCCGUUUUGUGUCGCGCUGGGAAAGUAAACUGUUUCCGUUCGGACAAUUCUGUGUCCGCCCAAGCUAAGCAAUAGUCCCAACCGGGGCGAACAUUUGCUGUAUCGAUGAACACUGAUGGCAAACUAUUUACACAAAACCAAACACUAUAAAGACUAUAAAACCGUGUUGGGCGCGAACCCGCUUCAACUAAUCUAAAUGUACAAUUGCUACAACAAUUCUUCAAACGAACAGUUACGGUUGCUCGCGUAUAGCACGUGCACGUGUACAUGACCGUGGGUACUAGCUAUUCACCAGCUUGCAGACACACACACACACACGCACACACGGACGUCCACAAAUACACACUCUUACAACGGAAAACCAUAACCAUCAAGAGCAAGUGUUGAUGGGCUAUAAACGCAUUAGAAAACAAAAACAUUUAGCAAUAAACUCAAACAGUUUUGAAACAGUAAUAAUAAUAAUAAUAAUAGGCAGUAGGUGUCGAUCGACAUUAAAAGCAAAGACAAGCUAUCCCGAGAGCGUACAAUUACACAGCGAGAGAAAAACGAACCCCGCAGGAUCCGGAUUCUGUGCCGGUUGCGCCUCACCCGAAUGCCAGUGCGAAACAGAGCCCCCAGUUUACCCCCGUGUAAGGGUUAGCUAGUUUUGUUCGUUUAAUGUGUGUGUGUGUGUUUUUUUUUAACUUAUUUAAAAGAAUAAUGUAGCAUAACGUUUCGAGAAAGUCAGUUUAGCUGUUCGUUACGUUUUGCUGCAGCACGCGGAAAGCUCAUUCCGGGCAGUAAAGUUGUGGUAGGCGGACGCAGAGAAGCUGCCCAAUUACAAUACAUCAGCCGGUAGACGGUCGGUUGCCACUUCUGAGCCUGCUCUGUUUUAAAAACUCAACACGUGUUAGUAAGGCAGUUGCUUCUGUUUGCUGUUACGAUUCCAAUGGAAGACUAUGAGUAUAUAUACAUCUUGCGUUAUUCGUUUGUUAGUGUGUGCGUGUAGUAUCGUCAUCGCCUUCUAAGUGAGGCUUACUGUGAACAAAGUAUUCCACCAACGCAAGGACCACCGGCGCUCUCCCACUGCAGAACCCGUAUUGCUCUGCAUCAAUUCCACGUCAAAACAUUCAAGCAGCACUAUGCGGGACGAAACAACAGGCAAACCCUGCCCUCCUUUCCAGAAAAAAAAUGCAUUCUUUACAAUUUUCUAAACUGCAUUUCCUCUGCGUGCACACGCGUUUGUGCACGUGACUCUUCGUUAUGUAUCGUUGUGCUCGCGUUAAGUUACUAGCACUAAUACACUCUAUGCACUUUGUUUAACGAUGCGUUUAUAUUAUGUACUGUGAGGUUUCAGUUGAGAUUGACUGUGGUUAGAGUAGUUUUCCAGUCAGUAGUAGUUUCACCGUUUUGGACCACACCACUACAUGUGCGAUUCGAAAGGCAAAAGGCGAGUGUGUCAACUCCUCACACACACACACAUGUACACUCAAGUCAGUUUUAGGAGAUAGUUUCAUUCGAGUGCAUAUAUAAGCAAGCACGAUUUUGUGAGGUGUUUGGAUGUGGAUCAUGAUACGACUGGGACAAGGAGGACGAGAGGACGGACAAAAUCGCCAAACCAGUUGAACAAAUAGGAUUGUAAGGUAGCAAAGUUGAUCAAAACGUUGGAUGGAUGAUGUAAAAAGGAAACCACACAAACACAACUUCCGGUUUGUAAUGCGUAAACAUAACCAAAAUGGGAAGCAAAUGAAGACGUGCGUAAUAAAAAGUGAACCAAUGGAAAGUUUAA